ACGACAGGACUCAUGCUGGAGGCGGAAAGGCUCGAAAUAAGCAGAGCACCUAGCUUGCAGAGGUCGGCCACAUUCACGGUACAACCGGCGGCCCCGGCCAGAACCAAAGCUAGUCCGGUCCAAUUCGUGGUUCCGGUUCCCUCCUCAGUUGUUCCCCGUCCCAAACCACCGGAAGCGUACCGAAGGGCACAAUUCAAACAGCCAACGACAACGACGGCCCCGGUCAGCAAACCGAGGGCAGUGGCAAGACCAAUGAGUCAACACCAUCAUCAUCAGCAGCAGGAAAACCGUGCCACGUUGACGUUCCACGAAAGCUCCACGGCCUAUAAAUCGGGACCAGCGGAAGUCGAAGCUUCCGGCCGGAAACUGACGGUUGGCCACAAACGCCCGGGUAAUCUCGGGGUAAUGAACAAAUCGCAAACUUUGCCGCGCAGCAUGGGUGGCUCGAGAACAACCCCUACCGGCAGCAAUGGAACCGGACUGAUGGGAAAUGCUGGGACAGGCGGAAUGACCGGAGUCGGAUUGGGCGGUACAGGUGGAAUGCCAAAAAUCGUGCCAAAACCAGCAGCAACACCACCUGCUAUCCGACGACAGUUUUCGAUUCCGAGUGGAUCCCCAAUUCGGAAAGCAAGCAAUGGAUAUGGAAAUAGUGGUGGGAAAAAUACACCACCUCGUUCUAAAACCCCUCUGGGUACGCCAUCUGGCAAUCAAUCGGGACAGCAACAGCCACAAAUCAAUGUCAAGGGGGUGGAGCCCAAGCUCGUUCAGAUCAUCCUGGAUGAAAUAGUCGAAGGGGGAGCUCGAGUUGAAUGGCAAGAUAUAGCCGGUCAGGAUGUGGCCAAGCAGGCUCUCCAAGAGAUGGUUAUACUACCUUCCGUCCGGCCGGAAUUGUUCACCGGUUUACGAACGCCUGCAAAAGGUUUGCUCCUUUUUGGUCCUCCUGGCAAUGGGAAAACGUUACUAGCAAGAGCGGUGGCAACGGAAUGCUCUGCAACCUUCUUCAGUAUAUCGGCUGCCACACUUACCAGCAAGUAUGUUGGCGAUGGCGAGAAACUGGUGAGGGCACUUUUUGCUGUCGCUCGGGAAAUGCAACCAUCUAUCAUUUUCAUAGACGAAGUAGAUUCGUUACUUUCCGAGCGAAGCAGUGGUGAGCAUGAAGCAACUAGGCGACUCAAAACCGAGUUCCUUGUCCAAUUCGAUGGUUUACCGGCCAAUUCCGAGGCAGACAAGAUAGUAGUGAUGGCCGCCACCAAUCGUCCUCAGGAACUCGAUGAAGCAGCCCUCCGGAGAUUCCCGAAGCGAGUGUACGUUACCUUGCCGGAUAUAGACACGCGAGAGAUACUACUGCGAAAGCUGCUCGAGAAACAGGGCAGUCCCCUGGGGGAUGCCGAUUUGAAGCGACUCGCCAUGCUAACCGAUGGCUAUUCUGGAUCCGAUUUGACUGCCCUUGCUAAAGACGCAGCUUUGGAACCUAUUAGAGAGCUGAACGUCGAGGAGGUGAAAAACAUGGACCCAACAAAACUGCGCAGCAUUCGUGAAAGCGACUUCCACAAUUCGCUGAAACGUAUCCGGCGUUCAGUGGCGCUCAACAGUCUGGCCGCGUACGAGAAGUGGUUGCACGAUUUCGGCGAUGUGACCCUGUAGAGAGAACGUAGACAAAACACCCAAUCCGAUCCCCCGCAUGGCGAAGACGCUGCUGGCUGGCUCAGUGGUACUCCCGCAUGUCGCGUGUGGGUCAAUUUUACUGGAUUUAAACAACAGGUUGCCAUUCUUUCUGGCAAUCCAUCGUACGUAGCCCACUGGGAGUAUACCAGAUACAAAUUCACUCAGAAAAAAACGGAACCAGUUUAUUUUUCCAGGAUUGCCAGUAAUGAUGUGCGAGUUGGCACAAAAAAUUGAACUGUAACCGAUUAUCAUUAGUAAUGUUACCAGUUAGUUUACCUACCUAUUCACUGUCGAUCAAAGGAAAACAUUGUAGUAAUAGUAAAGAUAUUAGUAUUAGCCAGUAUAGCCGUGACUGCAACAUUAUCUGUAGCUUAGACGAAACAACACCCAUCUGUUGAUGGGAUAUUUGUUUUCCCGCAUAUUUAAUCUUUGUUUUCUAUUUUUUGGCAAAUCAGCGCAAGCAUAAUAAAUCCAUUAUAGUUGAAGUCGGGCUCAACGUAGCUAACUCGAGAAAACCGCAUAAAAACGCAGAUUAUUCGUUUAGCUAAUAUAUCA